AUGCGCCCCGUCCUGCUCCAACUCCUGCACAUCGAGCUGGGUGCCGCAAGGCACCUCGACUUCGCCCGUUCGCGCAAGCAGCUGUUCGAGCUUGGUGCGCAGAGGCAGUUCUUUGGGCUCAUCGAGGAUCAGAAGAGUCUCGCGUGGCUUGUUUUCUGGGACGACAACGUGGGCAGCGCGCAGCUGGGCAAAGCCGCCGGCAUUGCACAGGCCUGCUUUCCAUCCUCUCCGUCGUCUCUCCGGGCCUGGAACAUCCACUUUCCCCACGAGGGCUGGCCCCUGAGGGCGCUGCGUGCGCCCCUGACGCAGCUCUGCACUGUCCAGCUGGACGACGCCAGCAAGGCCACAGACCCUCGCAUUGCCGCCUCGCUUCACAAGACCUACGCCGACUGCUACGACACGGUCCACCAGGGCUUCUGUGGGGGCUACUGGGGACCUGCACAAAACGAGCCCGAGACAAACUGGUACUUUCUCGGGUGGACGACGAGGGAGAAACACGACUUGUAUGCACGUUCGUCGCUCUUCGCCGUCGAGAUCAAUGCGCUCAGACCACACAUGAAGGACGGCUGGUCGUUUUAUGUACACUUGCAAGAGGAGGGCCGCAUGCCAUAG